CCACAAACAAGUCAUUAUUUUAUUAUAUUUAUCCUUAAAACCCUAUUUCUCAUUUCAUUUCUUCUACAACCGUCUACUCUUCCUCGUUCUUUCCGCUAUCACUCUACUCUUCUACUACUUCACUUCAUCCUCUUUGUUUUUCAGCCAUGGGUGGUGCCAAGAUCAAGAUCGGAAUCAACGGAUUUGGAAGAAUCGGACGUUUGGUUGCUAGAGUUGCUUUGAAGAGAGAUGAUGUUGAACUCGUUGCUGUUAACGAUCCUUUCAUCACCACUGAUUACAUGACAUACAUGUUUAAGUAUGACAGUGUUCACGGUCAAUGGAAAAACGAUGAACUAACUGUUAAGGACUCUAAAACCCUUCUCUUCGGUGAGAAGCCAGUCACUGUCUUUGCACACAGGAACCCAGAAGAGAUCCCAUGGGCUAGCACUGGUGCUGAUAUUAUUGUUGAGUCCACCGGUGUUUUUACCGACAAGGACAAAGCUGCUGCUCAUUUGAAGGGUGGUGCCAAGAAGGUCAUCAUUUCCGCCCCUAGUAAGGAUGCUCCCAUGUUUGUUGUUGGUGUCAAUGAGAAGGAAUACAAGCCAGAGUUUGAUAUCAUCUCCAAUGCUAGUUGCACUACCAACUGCCUUGCACCACUUGCAAAGGUUAUCAAUGACAGAUUUGGCAUUGUUGAGGGUUUGAUGACCACUGUUCAUUCUAUCACUGCCACCCAGAAGACUGUUGAUGGGCCAUCAGCCAAAGACUGGAGAGGUGGAAGAGCUGCCUCAUUUAACAUCAUUCCUAGUAGCACUGGAGCUGCUAAGGCUGUUGGCAAAGUGCUUCCUGCUUUGAAUGGAAAGUUGACUGGAAUGGCAUUCCGUGUCCCAACUGUGGAUGUCUCAGUUGUUGACCUUACAGUGAGACUUGAGAAGCCUGCCACCUAUGACCAAAUCAAAGCUGCUAUCAAGGAGGAGUCUGAGGGCAACUUGAAAGGUAUCCUCGGUUACACCGAGGAUGACGUCGUCUCCACCGACUUUAUUGGUGAUACCAGGUCGAGCAUCUUUGAUGCCAAGGCAGGAAUUGCCUUAAACGACAAUUUCGUCAAGCUUGUCUCUUGGUAUGACAAUGAGUUGGGUUACAGUACCCGUGUGGUUGACCUCAUCGUUCACAUUGCAAAGCAACUUUAAGCUGUUUCAUUACUGUGGUAGUGCUAUAAAUUGGCCUACUUUUUGUUUCUUACAGUCUAUUAGCCUAGCAGCCGUUAGGCCUCUUUUUUAAAUGUAAUAAGUUGAAUUCCUGAACUCGUGAAGCUUGCCCCUUAUUGAACCGUAGUGUUUUUGGUUGCUUAAUACCAUUAAGCAAUGAGUUGUUUUGGAUUUAUAUGCAUUUACCGAAUUUUAUUUGGAU